AUGCAGUACCAGAUGACGUUGUAUUACCGCUACGGCGAGUUAGACUCGUGCAGCGGGCGGUGGGAGGCGGUGAUGGCGUGCAUGGACAAGGACAAGAGGAAAGGCGAGUCGCUGUCCGCGAAGGCGCCCGUGGACCUGGGUCGGGCGAAAUCGAAGCCGUACUGGGACUUGAUGACACGGGAGGAGGCGGGCAAGCGGUGGCGGGCGGCGUUCGGCGACGCCCCGGGCGCGGUGCCGAGCGAGCAGGAGGCGAAGCGCCGGGCCGCGAAAGCCGCGGCGAAAGCGGCCGCGGACGUUGAGGGCACGGAGAAGAGAUAG